AUGCCCGUCGACAAAGCGGCGAAAGACAAGCAAGACAAGCAAGAUAAACCUUUCAGCUGUUCCGUUUGCAAGAAGACCUUUCCCCAGAAGCGAAACCUAAAAUCCCACAUGAGAGUUCACACCGGGGAGCGGCCGUAUCACUGUAUUCCUUGCGGCCUGAGCUUCAAAUUUCAGCAAAACUUCAACCAGCACGACCUGACCGUCCACCGCAAGGACAAGCCCUUCAGGUGUCGCGUUUGUAAGAAGGAUUUCGUGGAUAAAAGCGAAAUGAUCGUGCACCGGAGCUCGCACGACUCCUCCUUCAGCUGUUCGAUUUGCGACAAGGUUUUUAACUCGAAGAAGUAUCUGAGGAGGCAUUUGGAGAGAUGUCCCAUGAAUAAAAGACCAAGGAACUGA